CUAAAUUGUGGUGAAUUGAGUUAAAAAGUUGACUAUAAAGAGGCGGUCGAGCUGCGAGUUUAGCGCCAAGUUAAAUCCACUCCUCUCUGACGUUGACGCUUCAAGUCAUCUGUUCACUACAAGGCGCCAGCUCAGAGGAACUAGCCCGGCCUGGAUACACACAGCAACACAGAGAGCAGCCCUGAAGCUGAACAACAGGCGGGGAAGUUACACUUUAGUCUUCUUUAUUUUUUAGACGUGGAUAAGAGUGAACUUCAAGGGCAGAAUCUUGAGGUUUACUCCGAAACGGACACAUACCCCUCCGAGUAUAAUGCUAGGAAAACGGGAAGAGACAGAACCGAAGUCUGCUGCUGCCGAGGCGCCCAAAGAAAAUACAGUACGACCGAGAAAGAGGAAGGCAGAUGUUGCCAUUCAUUUACAAGACCCGGAUGAGGAGGUAGCAGAGAUGACGAAGAAGAAGAAGCAGCGUGAAUGUGAGCGGGGCUGGAGUCCUGAUGCUGGUUACACAAGUCCACAGAGGUGGAUCCCCACACCUGAUCAGGAAGAGGACCAACCAGUUUCCCUGAUAAAUGCAGGUUUCCCUCACUACAACUUUAACAACGUAUUUGUAACGCCUGUGCGUUGUGCCCCACUUCCUGCACUUUGCUGGGCCAGUAAGGAUGUGGUGUGGAACAACAUGUUGGAGAAAGAUAAGACCUACACCAAGGACGUCCACGUGAUGGAGAAACAUCCUCACCUGCAGCCCAAGAUGAGGGCAGUUCUCCUGGACUGGCUCAUGGAGGUGAGCGAGGUGUAUAAACUGCACAGGGAGUCUUACCACUUCGCUCAGGACUAUUUUGAUCGCUUCAUGGCCACACAGAGAAACGUCUUCAAGUCAACGCUGCAGCUCAUAGGCAUCACCUGUCUCUUCAUUGCAGCUAAAGUAGAGGAGAUGUAUCCUCCCAAGGUCCACCAGUUUGCCUAUGUUACAGACGAAGCCUGCACUGAAGACGAGAUUCUCAGUAUGGAAAUCAUUAUUAUGAAGGAGCUGAAUUGGAGUCUCAGCCCACAGACUCCCAUCUCCUGGCUCAAUGUUUACAUGCAGGUGGCCUACCUGAAAGAGACGGACGAGCUGCUCAUCCCCAGAUACCCCCAGAAAACCUUCACACAAAUCGCAGAGUUGUUGGACCUGUGUAUGCUAGAUGUGCAUUGCCUCGAGUUUUCCAAUGGCAUCCUUGCUGCUUCAGCUCUGUUUCACUUCUCCUCCCUGGAGCUGGUGGAAAACGUCUCAGCGCUGAAGAGGGUGGAAGUAGAGGCGUGCGUUAGGUGGAUGGUGCCCUUCGCCAUGUCUCUGCAGGAGGUUGGUGGGUCAUCUAUGAAAACAUUCACAGGAAUCCCUGCAGACGACCUGCACAACAUCCAGACCCAUGCCUCGUACAUUACAUGGCUGGACAAGGCCUACUCUUACCAGGAUGUGGAGGUGGAGCGUCAUGGCAACUGUCCUGUACCUUCAGGUGUCCUGACUCCACCCCAGAGCAGUGAGAAAAGUGAAGAGUUGGUCCAAGUUAAUGCUGCAGUGCUGAAAAUCAGGCCAGGAUUCAAACUCCAUCCCCACGAUGGCACCUUCCAAAGUAGUGAAGCCAACGCUGAAACUGACAAGACGACAGCAAAUCCGAAUUAGUUUUUUUUACCUUCCAGCUGUAAGGGAAGAAAAGCACCUCGGAUGUGUUGACUGAACACUGCAGUACAUGUGUACGAUGGAUUUUUAGUGGGAAGGCAUUGAUGGAAAUUGUAUUUUCUCCUUUUAAAGUAGAGCUGAUAACUUGGAUCCAGAUGCUUUUAAAUGUCUCUCUCGUGGGUGCACACAGUGACUAAACUGGGGAAACGCUGACACAGUGGAUGGCCCCUAUCCCCACAGAAAUAUUCAACCCUCCAGUUUAAAUGAAAACACAAAGCAAGGAGCAGUUACGGAUGGGACGGCUCGGGACAAGAUUUUUAUUUUUGAAUAGCAUUGCACCCAAAUGCUUGCAUUUAUUACCAGCCACGCCUACAUUUUGUGGUUGCCAUUUUUUUUUUUUUUCCUAUGCAGAGGC